UGAUGCUGUCAUGCUGAGUGUUUUUGUUAACUCAGUUCAUUGCAAUUCUUAUCACUUGCACUUUGUAAAAUGUAAUGUUGGUAAAAGUAGGAUUGUAAUCAUAGUAUUUCCGCCCCGUUGGUAUUUUAGUUUCUUACCACGGUAGCUGUGAGAGAACAUAAUGUUGUUUCCAUAGUCACCAGUGUUUUGACAAGCUGUUAAAUAGGACCGUGUGUGUGCAUGUGUGUGUAGAUUUGCCAUUUUGCAGUGAAGUUACUCUUUCAAAGUAUGACAACAUGGUAAAAGGCGGGAAGCGUUAUUCUCCAACAUGUAAUGAUGGCAAUUGGUUCCCUCACCCUGACGCCCCACGCAACGAGGGGAGGAAUCGCGAAGCAUCUACGAGCACCGGGAGGAUGCUGUCUCAAGUUCCCGCGCAUUUGCCGCAAGCUUUUGACUUUGAACGUUUUACCAAGACGAGAACAGAGCAGAAAUCCAGGUCGUAUCCAGUCUCACUGUGUAACAACAAGCUAUCCUUCAAGGACAAUAUCAUUGUUUUUGAUGAGGGUGCAGGCCGCCGAAAAUGUCAAGAUGAAAUCAAUCAGCACAAGUCUCACUUGUGCCUUUGCCAGCACGGGGUCAAACGUACCACUGAGAAAAACUCAGUCUACGGGGCUGACUUUGCAACACAACCCACUGUGGAACCCACUAAGGCCCGGCGCUUUCCACGCGACCACCAGAAGAAGAGUGCGGGGGCACCACUUGAUGGAGGAGACUUCAUGUGGUUUGGACAAGAGUGCUAUGAUGACUAUGACAGCUUGGAAGUGCUGGGCUUUGCCAAUCUUAAUGCUGCUACCAGACCUCUCUGUAAGAAGCAGUAGUGGGCCAUGCGUUUGGUACCUGUGCCGAGUAACACCACCACAAUAUAAGCGCACACAACGAUUAAAUAUAAUCUAGUGCAGUUGAGAAUGUAUAUAAUUAUAUGAGAAAAACAAA